AUGAAUGAACAGCACAGGGUAAAAAGAUCAUCAACAAAGGACUACAGCUUAGUGUGUGUUGAUAAAAAUUGUAAAUGGUACUUCUUGGCAACAAAACAUGGAAAAACUAAUCUCUUCAAAGUCAGAAAACUUGUGGAAGAUCAUACAUGCUCAAUAGAACGCAUCCAUGACGAUCACCCCCAAGCAACAAGUAACAUAAUAGCUGACUGCAUCAAAAGAAAAAUUAGAAAUCCAAAAAGAAACUACAGGCCAAAUGAGAUUUUUGAUGAUGUAGCAGAAGACUAUAGUGUCUCAAUUUCUUACCAAAAAGCUUGGAGAGCAAAAGAGAAGGCUUCGGAAAAAGUAAUAGGAACAAUAACAGACUUAGUCCAACAUGACAAUGGGCAUUUUAAGUACCUAUUCUUUGCAUUAGGAGUCUCAAUAGAAGGCUGGAAACACUGCACACCUCUAAUUGUGGUUGAUGCAACUUUCCUUAAGAAUGCAUAUGGAGGAACAUUGAUAAUUGCUAGUGCACAAGAUGCCGAAAGACACAUAUUCCCACUAGCUUUUUCAGUAGUUGAUUCUGAAAAUGAUGCAUCAUGGCAAUACUUCAUGGAAAAGCUCAAAGAUUCAUAUGGGGAGUGUGAAGACCAAUGCAUAAUUUCUGACAGACACGAAAGUAUAGCAAAAGCAAUGAAAUCAGUAUUCCCUAACUUGAUGCAUGGGGUAUGUUGCUUCCAUUUGUUCCAAAAUAUAAAAACAAGAUUCAGAAAAGGAGGAGAUGAUCUAAGAGAUGCAUUCUACUGUGCAGCAAAAGCAUACAAUCAAACUGACUUCGACGAUUGCAUGAGGGACUUAGACAACAUUGAUAGUAGAAUUCGUCCUUACCUGACAAAUGAAGUUGGCCUAGAAAAAUGGACAAGGCUUUGUAGCCCAAAUAAACGCUACUCAACAUUAACCUCCAACAUCGCCGAGUCUGUGAACUCAGCAUUGAAAGAAAUCAGAGAGCUACCGAUUGGAACACUGCUCGAAUGUCUACGUUGCUUGGUUCAAAAAUGGUCAUGGGAAAACAAAAAUAGAGCUUUGUCCACAUUCACAACAUUAGCAAAAGUACCAGAAAAUAUACUAAAGGAUAAACUGGAACGCAGUAAGAAACUAAAGGUGCAAACAUCCAAUCUUGUCAUAUACACAGUAAAAGAAUUGCAAAACUCCUAUAUUGUGGAUAUCCAAAACAGAACAUGCAUGUGUCAACGAUUUCAGUAUGAUGAAAUGCCAUGUUCUCAUGCAAUGGCUGUAAUAUCAAAAAGACACAUGAAAUGCUAUGAGUAUUGCUCAUACUACUACACAAAAGAAGCAUUUCUUGCAACAUAUGAAGGUUCUGUGUUACCAAUAGGUGACCCAAAGACAUGGGACUUGCUUGAUAACAUCAAACAACUUCAAGUAUUGCCACCAAUAUACAAGAGACCAGCAGGAAGGCCAAAGAAACAAAGGUAUAAAACUGCACUAGACAAAGCAACACAGAAUAAAUGUGCAAGAUGCUUACAAAAAGGACACAACCGAAGGACUUGCAAAAAUGAUGCGGUCGAGCCAAAGAGAAAGAGAAAAAGAGACAUUGAAUAG